AUGAGUGGUGGAAUUUAUCGUUUAAAAUGGCAUUUGUCCAAAGAACGAGGAAAUAACACAGUGAUAUGCAAAGCAUGCCUUGCGGAUGUCUCAUAUCAGGCAAAGAAAUCUCUUGAGGGGAUUGCUGAGAGUAAGGCAAAAAAGGCAAGAAUUGGGGUUGAACUAGGUUCUAGUUCUGUAGAUCCCAGGACGAACCAUUUGGGUGAGGAGGAUGGCGAAGAUGGGAGUUAUAGGGAAUGUGGGUCAACACCUAAUUCUAUAGCACGUGGACCAACCAUAGGUGGAGGAAAUAUUAAUACUUUCUUCCAACCUCGUACUACACCAGGGUCACAAACUACUCUGGAGAGUACAGGAUGGAGGAGAACUAUCAUUGAACAAGCAAAGAAGGCCAUUGGUAAUUUUUGGUAUUCCUCUCACAUGGCAUUCCAUGCUUCUAGAAAUCCAUAUUGGCAACCCAUGGUAGAUGCUAUUGCAGCUGUAGGACCUGGGUUUCAAGCCCCGUCUUAUGAGUCAUUGAGGGUUGGUAUGCUGAAAGAUGCAGUAGAGGAUGUUCAAGAUGUUGUUAAACAACAUCGGUUACAGUGGGCUAGAACUGGUUGCAGUAUCAUGUCAGAUGGUUGGACAGAUGGAAGGAACCGAACUCUCAUUAACUUCCUUGUCUCUUGGCCACAAAAUGUGGUUCAAUUUAUCACAAACAAUGCUGCUGCUUGUGUUGCUGCAGGGAGACCUCUGACAAAUAAAUACCCUUCUGUGUUUUUUACACCAUGUGCAGCAGAUUGCCUUGAUCUAACCCUAGAGGACAUUGGAAAAAUAGAAUGGGUUAAGGCGGCCUUUCAGAUGGCUCACAAGGUUACCAAAUUUGUUUAUAAUCACACGAGGGUUUUGGCUAUAAUGCGCUCUUUCACAGGAGGCAAGGAGCUAGUUCGACCAGGGGUGACAAGAUUUGCAACAUAUUUCCUUGCAUUACAAACAUUAUGUGAACAGAAAGGUAAUUUGAGGUGA